GUUAGAUUUUUCGAAUCAUAAGUUGUUCUCAGAUUUGACUGUAGAGCAAAAAAAAACGAAGAUUAAAAAUGCGAAAUUUUAUUUUCUCACCGAUUUUUAUAUUACUUGCAUUCAACUGCAUUGUUAAAGAAAAUAUUGUAAACGGUGUAAUAGAAAAAGACACGACUGACUCCGAGUCAAAACCAGGAGCGAUUGUACUAUACGAAGAUAUCGGAAAUCAGCAAAAAAAUGAUCAAGAGGCCUCUAAUGAUCCAUUAGCGAUUGUACCCUUCGAAGGUGCCGGAAAUCAGCAGAAAAAUAGUCAAAGCACAUCCAAAGACCCAUUAGGAAUUGCUGACAAAGAAAAACCAUUGUUAUUAACAGACGAAACAAAUCCACCUUUCACUGUGGUAAAAAUAUGGGAUAGAGCGACAAAAUCUUAUGACUACUUUCUUCCAUCCGAAAUACUAAGAGGAGAAAAUGGAAAAACAGAACUAUCUGUAAUAGGUGCCCGAGGUACCCAAGAAGAAAAAUUAUGCCCUGAAACAAGAUUGGACUACCAACAAGGGUUAUUAAAUGCUGUCUACAAAGCCAACCCCGCCACAAAAACUUGCCUAUUUACAACUGAAAACGACGUAAAACAAUGUAUCGAAAAACCAACUCCCUGGCUGAGGAAAAAACGAGAGGACCAGCAAUCACUUGAAUCGCCUAUAAGAACUAAUUGUGGAGCACAGAAAAACCACCAUCUGCUUGUUUUUGAAUUCAAUGAUUGUGGUUCAGAAACAGAUUUCGUACAAUAUGGACACAAUGCUUUGGACGAAGUUCGCGAAUUAGGUCACGAACGAAACGUAACUCCUUUUAAAUUCAGGGCUACGUACCCCAUGUACGAAAUAUGCUACGACUUCGACGCGAAUAAAACUCUGUGGACGAGAAAUCAGGUAUUAGAACCUAUGCUAUUCUUCACUCCAGAAACACCGCAAGAUGCAGAAAGACACAUAAAAUUGGACUCCUUAAGCACUUCAACGUACGAUCUCAAAAUAAAAACUGAUACCUUCGAAAGUUUAAAGAAAAAAUACCAAUCUGACUCAACACGGUUAGGAAUGAACCCAGAAUACCUAGUUCCACCAAAACAUUUCGCCAUGUCGCAUUGGAAAACAUCGGCUCGCCAUUUCGUCAACACAGCACCCCUGUUGCCAAAAUUUCGCCGAUUAAUGCGCGUCAUUAACGAAGGCUUACUCAAACUAUCUGUUCGUGCGUUCGACUAUGAUGGCAAAAAGUUGCACAUCUUUACCAAAGCGAUGACUAAUACUAACGUAUAUACACCUCUCAUAACACCUCUCCUAAACUAUAUCGGAUUGGGACCGUCUGAAGAGCAUAUCGCUGAAAAUAUUUGGUAUAAAUUCAUCUACAACGAAACUGACAAAUCUGCAGCACUGAUCACUUUAUACAAUUACAAUGAACUGCCAAAAGGUACGCCAUGUGAGAAUACAUUAGCUUGUAAUUUCGCUAAGUGGCUUGCAAGGCAGACUACAUUCACCCAAAAAGUGCUGGAUUUUGUCGGAUGUACUGCAAUUUCGUCGACAGUAGCUAAAGAAUUAUUCCAAGUGGAUGUAGAAAUAAAAAGUACUAUUGAUUUAACUAAUUUAAUUAAAAAAUUCCACACCGACUUUAAUUUAGCAUUCCUCAAGAACAACCCAAAAGAUUCACUAGACCUAGUUCUGCAAUCGGAAUUGAGUGAUACAUCAUUGGAAGAUGAAGAAGGUUCGCCAAAUACUGGAGAAAAUAAUUUGAGCCUCGUUCCAGUUGAUCCAUCCACACCUAAGCAAGAAGUCGACACAGAGUCGCACGAUCCUGCUAAUGAAAAAAGCAUAGUUUUAACAUAACCACUUGAUACCGAGAUAGCGAAAACAAUAAUUAGAAAAUGGAUAAAAUUCAUGAAAUGGACAUAUUUGGGUAACCGCACAUAAUACCUACCUACUCAACAGACACAAAAAAAAUCAAUCUGGCCAAGAAACCCGAAAAGAGGGAUUUUUUCUUCAAAAAUUACAUGCGUGCAAGUUCGCAUGUAAAAAAAAUGAUUCAUUUUAAAUGAUAAGAUAAGAUAUUUAUGUUAAUUUUAAGAAUUAUUUAUUGUAGUUAAUUAUAUUUAAAUUACGCAAAAAUUCUUAUUUUUUUCAAUAAAUAACUAUAUUAAUUGG